CUAACAUAAUUUAAAAUGUCAUUUACCGUGUGGGUUACGAGAUGCGAAACAAAUCAUGACAUACUUUAAAUUCAAAAUAAAAUUGCAAGAUUUUAUUUAGGAUAAUGAAGCUCCAUUUUUUUGUUAUUUUGGUGAUACAGAUUAUAUUAGCCAAUAAAAUUCCGAUAAAAAUUGUUCAAGAACCAGCAACUUAUGGAUUCUAUGCAAGUAAUAUAAUACAAGGCGAAAAUGUCGACCAACUGAUUGCCAGAACUAAGCCUUCAAAUUUUUCAGGACCAUUGCAGUUUAAAUCAUUAGUUGGGCAGUGUUUCAAUUUGACUAAUGAUCAAUACCGUUAUGUAUUGUGUCCAUUUUACAAUUUCACACAACAUGAAAUGGCACUUCGUUGGAAUGCAUACCAAGGAAUAUUAGGAAUUUGGAAAGAAUGGGAAAUAGAAAACAAUACCUUUACAGCCAUGAUAUAUAGUAAAGGAGAUUUAUGUGGUAACACAGAUAGGUCUGCUAAAGUAAUAUUUCAAUGUGGAACUGAAAAUGUGCUUUUGAAUGUCACUGAACCAACAAAAUGCCAAUAUCAAGCUAUAUUUAUGACUCCAUUCAUCUGCCACAAGGAUUCUAUGCUGGUCUAUCCAAGACUACCUCCUCCUCUUCGCCACAAAUGGGACAAUUUGGAGACAGAUUUGGCUCUAGGCUACAUAACACUAAAGGGCUAUCAAAUUGGUCUGAGAAAUCUUUUUGAGUUGGCAAACUUUCAGCAACUGCAAUCCGUUGCAGAAGAAACAACCAUAACUUUGACUACUACUGCAAUGCCAAACAGGCAAACAGGAUUUGAAAAUGUUGAACAGUGUAAAAAUGCAUAUGAAGAAUUAAGGAAGGAAAUGGAUGAUUUAAAACAACAAAUUGAAUCACUUAAGCUUGUAAUGGAUUUAAAAAGUGUAAAAGAUUUUCUUUUCCAGAUAAAACUAGUCAGCCAUGAGAUUAUUAUACUGUACAUAUCUUUGGUUUAAAAAAAUAUUCUUUAGAGUGCCAACAAUUCAAGACUUCUUUGCUUUCAAAAAUGGUUGAUGGAAAACGUCGUGAAGUCGAGAUGCCUGAAAAUUAAAUAAGACUCUAUUAGUCAUUGUUUUUUUAUAAAACAACAGAAUAUGAUAAAGACAAACAAUUUAAUAGAUUGAGCUCAGAGUGUUUAAAUGAAUAUCAUAAUAAGAGUAAUGGUUGCAUGCGUUAAUAGAGGUUACUCUGCUGCUGUUUGUAGGCAUUUAGGUACGAUGGUAAAAGAAAGAUGGCGCCACCCAUACUACUGAUAGUAUCAUGUUGGAGUAUAUGCAGUAGUAGUUUCCCAAUUGUAAAAUUUAACCAUAAAAUGGAUUAUCUUGCCAACAGAGCAUUCAAAAAACUUAGAAGCUGGCUUCCAUUUGAGAAGAAGACACAUCACCACAUGCACAUGCUUUCACAGCUUCUAAAUUUUCAUUCAUAAAACCACAUAAUGUACACUGAAACAAAACUAUCUGAGCCAUGGAGGACGCCUUGUUACUUUCCAUUGUAAACUACAACUACAACUAAAAGCAGCCAUUUUUUGCCAUCUGACAGUACACAUCCUGAUCAGAAUAUAGGAACACAUUCUGCAGGAAUUUUUAAACAGAUGUCGCUCACUCGGAGUUACGUGGAGGAAUAAAAGAAUGAACCCAAUAUUUUGACAGUCAAUCAAGAGAAUUUUUUAAGCCACCUAGUUGCAAAUGAGCUUGUAGAGAUCAAAUAAACAAAAAUACUGCUAAUGUGCAGUUCAACCAUAUUUUAAAUAUGGCAAGAUAGUGCUAUGUGGCAAAGGGAACUUGAAAAAAUUCAUAAUGUAGCAAAUUAAACAGCAAACAGAAAUGAGUGUUCCUCUCUUUUUAGAAGUAUGACUUAUCUAUUAUAAGGGGAAGACCAACCUGCAGAACUUUAUAGUCCCCAUAUUUGCUUAUUUGAUGAUAAUUCUAAUAUUUUGUUUGUUCAAUAAGUUAUUUAUAUAUAUGGCUCUCUAUAGUAUUAAGACUUCCAUACAGUUUGUAUUUUUGAUAUCUUUAAAAUGUUUAUUAUGCUAAAAAUUCUAAUACAGCUAAAUAAAUAUAUUUGAUUCUGAUCUCUCUUGUAUAUAGAUAAUUGACAACUGAAUAAAGAAUACUUCACUAAUGAGGAA